AUGGAGCCAGUGCCAGAAACGGAGAGGAUGGAGGAGUUUAGAUCAUCUCCAGUCCCCAGCCUGAGAUUGCAAGAACAAUCACUUCACGAAUAUCGAAAUACUGGCUCUGCCAUAGAAACGAACAAGAAGCCCCCUACGGUCCGCAGAUCGACUGAGCCAACUCCUCAAUCAUCGCCCCGUUCGCCCAUAUCCUCCUCGCCUUUACAAUAUCACCCCCGAAACAUCUCUCCUUUUGCCCGAGGGCAUCUACGCUCAAAAUCAUCCACCAGUGCUCUUGCACCAGCAAUGUCAAGAGCUCACAGUUUACCUGGCUUCAAUGCCUCCGGCCAUGUCCUCAUUUCCCCACAUCGUCCAUCUAGUCCACAUGGCUCACCCAGUCGAGUCCGCACACCAAGAAAACCAGCAGAUGACGUGUUUCCAGGCAUGCCUAAUCGAAUGAGGGAUAUCAGCGAGUUGGCGGAUACAGAAGUGACCGACCAUACGCCACGAACUACAGAUCGAAGCGUUUCCCCAGUACUGGGCUUACCCCAUUCCGCCAGUUUCCCCCGGACUCGAAGACCAUCCUCUCCACUUCGGUUCAUUGCCUCACAGAACGCUACUGCCAAUAGUACGGCUCCUACGACACCAUCCUCUAUUACCUCAUCGCCUUCAUACCAGUAUUCACGUUUCCAUGAUUCGUUGCUUGGGUCAAGCACCUAUUCUGGAUCUUUCAGUUAUCCCGGAUCUUUUGCAUCAUCUUCGGUUCCCUCUACCCCGACGUCCGUCCGAUCACGAAGUCCUAGUAUAUCUAGUUUAGAGACGAUUCCAGAUUCACCUGAUGCCGAGGAAGCUGCAUUGGAAGCUGAAAAAAUAGCUCAACUGAAAGCUGCUGCUGAUGCCGCUGAUGCCGCUGAUGCCGGAGAGGAGAGUAAAGACAUUCGAAAUUUCGAUGGGUCCGGGGGUCGAGGAAGAACUUUAGGAGGGGGGUUCGGUUCACGAGACAAACGAAAGAGAUGGAGUGUUUGUGGUGCCGAAAGAAGGGGUGAUUUGAAUCUGGAUACUAUAUGGGAGGACUAGUUUUUAACGAAACCAUUAUGGUCGAUCAAUCAGUGGGAGGUGAUGAUGGCCAAAGUAUGUUUACUACGCCAAGUUUGAUUUACCAACUCGAAGACGGGUUUACAUGGUGGAAUUCCGAGACUUGAUGAUGGUCUGGAUUCCCCAAGGGGAUUCUGCAGUGAUGGACACUAUGAAUUACCCUUUUAUUUUCAUGUCAAUAUUUUGUACAAUACCCUGUGUGUUUUGAUGAUGGUUCAGUCAUUACAUGGCAACGCAUGGAGUCCACGAGAAACAGGAGAAGGAGGAGGAACGUAGCAUGCGAUACGGAAGGGCCAGUGUUUUUUGGAAGGAGCAAUGGGAAAUGUAUAUGAUGAAGAGGGAUGAUCAAGUUUACUCCCUGUGAUUAAGAUAAGUUGACUACGAUCAAUAUCAAGGGGAACACAGUACCGGGGGCUUUCACGUGGGUUUAUGUGACUCCCUACCUUUGGGUUCACUGAUUAGCGAUGUCAGGGCUCGCUCGCUUGUUCGCCCUGAAAUGGGUGAUCCCCCUUUCCCCCGUUUCUUUUGUGUUUGUAUGGUACGGUACCUGUACUGUACCCUCCGUAUCUUCAGUGUCUUCUAUUUCGCAACCUCGGUGCCUUUUACAACUUCUCGGUGGUCUUUUACCAUGCGACUUUUUUUGUCCCUUGAAGGAGGAGAAGCACCGAGAUGAAUUGAGAUGUGAUGAGGUGUGGCGUGAUGUGAUGUGAUGUCGUUCGUUCCCCUUGAGUCUUUACAAUAGGAAGGCUAUAUAAAAGAAUCGCGAGUUUUCUUGAGAGUUUGUAUAUCCAAGUUGUUCUAUAGAUUGCUUGCUUGCUUGCUGUCUUUACUCCUUGAUUCUUGAUUCUUGAUUGCCUCCUCUUCUCUCGGCUUCUGGGAUUUUAUGUUGAGGAAUCUUUUCACUUAGUUGGUUACUUGGUUAUUCACUGUCUUUACCACUUCACUUCGCUUCAAGCUCUCUCGUUUCCAUACAAAAUGCAACUCCACAUCCACACCCACUUCUCGACUUGUCUUAUUGCCGUUCUAUUGGUGGCAGGUACUGUUCUUGCUAUACCCCAACCCCUAGUAAUGCAGAGGAGAAAUGAUGUAUGUACGCCCUCCCCUCCCCCCACUCCUCUCUCCCUCUCUCCUCCUCCCUCCCUCUCUCUCGACCUGCUUUCUCAACUUGAUGUGUUUUUCGAGCACUUACUAAUUUCAUAUCAUCUACUUUAGUACCGAAAUCAAGCGGUCUAUCAAAACUCGCGGGGAGUAGGAAAUAGACAUGAUCAUGGGGCAGGGAGUGGGGAUGGGGAUGUGAAGUAUGGUCUUCCUAUCAAUGUCAAUUCUACGCGUUCUAUGGGUUCGAUGGGUUCAACCAGUUUGGCGUCUGUUGUCUCGAGAGGUUCUUUGUCUGCUAUGUCGAGUAGUUCGCCGUCAUCUUCUACCGCAUCGCCUACUUCUCCAACCACUUCUUCGAGCUUUAGUGAUGGGGAUAGAGAUGGACAUACUUCCUCAAUAAGUUUGACUUUAAAUGAGAAGUCUACUGUCAUCACCUCCACGCCUUCAUCCCCUACUACGCCUCCAGCUUGCCACCCAACCAUCUCAACAAGUAUACUUACUAUCACUAUCACUAUCACUCAAUCCGUGAUUAGUACGAGUACUGUGAUUGGGAUGCCUUUUGGGUUUAUGAACUCUUCCUCCGCUAUAACCAACUCCACUUCCACCAGAUCUGAUAACGCCAGGAAUUCCAGAAAUGCUAGCAAAGACACCUUGGUAACGACAGCAUCUCUAUACCAACCCUACACGACUAAUAUACCGGAUUCUGAAGUGGGAUAUUGUGCACGUGGUGAACAUGGUGGAUAUGGGUUACCUGGGAGGAAAGACUUUGUGAGGGGGGGAGGGAGGAUAGGGGGUGGGGGGUGUUGAGUGUUAGGAGGUGUUAGAGCGUUUUUUUGGGUGUUGGGAGGAUUUGAAUGGGGAAAAGAGGGAGGUUGAAAGAAAGAUAUGAAACACAAGCACUUAACAUCCUGGAAUACAGUACCUCCGUAUACUAUGCUAAGAACUGAGAACUAGGAUUCGAGACUUAGUGGGGAGGUUUCUUGAGUGUUGAACUUGUUGGGAAAUGAAGGAGUAAAAGUACUGUAUAACGGAGGAGGACGAGGAAUUGGGAGUGGGUUUGGGUUUGUUUUGGGAUGGUGGGAUGGUGGGAUGGUGGUAUGGUGGUAUGGAGUUUUAUGUAUCUUUUUCUUCCUUUUCUUUGUUUUAGGGUAUUGGGGGGUGUUGGGAGGGUGAGAGGGGAUUUUCUUUCGGUGUUAUAUCAUUUUUUNGGGGGGGGGAGGUUGGGGUUCGGGAAUCGUUGGAUUGUGGGUGAGUAUAGAUUAUAUUUGAGAUGGAGAUUAUUUGUCAAUAUUUGAUCUUCCACUUUUUUGAUAAGGGGUAGGGCGGGAAGGAGGGGGAGAGAAUAUUGAAUUAUAAUUUUACCUUGUUGCUUACUGUUGGUUUGACUUAUCGUUAAUAAUACAAAAGACCUAUAUUACUAUAGUAAUAACUAAGUCUUAGGUUAUAACAGCCCCUAGGAAGUUGUGUUGGAAAUUUAUAUAUCCUACUAUACUAUAUACUUAUUUCAUACACUACCGAAGCAAUCGUUGGUGUAUCUUCUUAAAUUUCAAGCUUUUCUACAAGUACUUUAUCUCAAUAGUCUAAUUCUUACAAACGGGUGGUCCCUGGCCGCACUCGCGCAUGGUGCCUGCCUUCUGAAGGUCUUGGCGCUAGCGGUCUUAUUACCUAUAUGAGUGCAUCUCAACCCAGGUUGAAGGCUGCCUCCUUUAACCCUCAAAACACACUCCUCAGUUGUCUGUCCUGCCUUUUUCCAACAAUCUCCAACGUAUUUUCACCUCCUUGAACCUCCUCUAAGCUGCGUAUCAGUUCAUCUCAUCACUCCAUCUCAUCAACCCCUGCUAUACAACCUCACCACCUAUUUCAGCUAUGCCUUAUCUAGAUCCUGAAUUGAAUCCCUCCCCUUUUGGACAUUCAGCCAUGCCUUAUCUGGCUCCUGAAUUGAAUCCCUCCUGAUUUGGAUACAAUGGAGUCCGUGCUACGCAUCCUGUAUAUUCUACACCUUCCUGCUAAAUUGUUCACACUAACCACAAUUUUCAGGACGAUUCCAGAGAACUCCUCUCCCUUUUCGACAGCAUCGCAUUCUUCGUGCGACAAGUUUGUAGAAAGCGGAUGACGCACGAGAAGCUCAAGCGCAGCCUGUUCAUCGAUAACGAGAAAGGUUGUUGGUUCUGGUUGGAGCAUAAAAAUGAUCGGAUGGAACAGCUUGUGGGAAAUUUGGUUUCUGCAAUUAGCAUAUACAAGGCUAAUACAGCCUAGGACCCGUUGGACGAAACAGAGGUUGAUAACGAAUUCGAGGAGCCACUCUCCGUCACACUGUGCUGUAUCGAGGAGCAGCACUUUAGCCGGGCCAUUGUCCGUGCAAGUGUAGCUAGCUAGGUGCCUACGUACUUAUAGAUGCCGUAGUACGCUAGUCCCAAA